AGGCCAAUCUAUGCUUUAUGGCAAACGAAAAUGAGGCUGCUAUUCGCCCACCCACUUUUGUUUUCUUUGUCAAUGACGCAAAGCUUUUCCCUGAGACGUAUCGACGCUACAUGAAAAAACAGCUACGGUCUGAUGCAGGUUUUCCAGGUACACCUAUGCGUCUUCUAUGGCGUAGCAGAAGAAGAGCAGAUAAUGAAGGUAAGACUGCAGGCGUCAAUGUGCAAGCUCCAGGAAGUGGUGGUAAAUUGGCUUUGCCCACUUGAUUUGACAGUACGUCUUCCAGUGUUAAUUCCUGUUGGAGUGCUGUGGGCAGAGCUUGGAAACAAUAUUAGGGUGCCCUAUUAACUCUCUGUUAUCACAGAAUUUUGUAUAUGAUAAUAGUUCCUGUAACUGAAGAAAAUAAUUUCAAUAAAACUUCUUUCCCCCACUUUCUAUGACAUUGUAAGAUGGAUUAUUUUGGGCCUUAA